AUGGCCCCGACAACGCCAAAGACGCCUAUAAAGACGCUCAGGAAGGUCUCUUCUGCUAAGAGAGUCCUCAGCACUACCGCAUCUUCACCUGCUAGUCCAAUCUCUCGCGUCCGCAAGGCGCAGAGAGACGCUCCAGAUCUGGGCACCGAGAUGGUCUUCGUCCUCCUCGGAAGCGGUCCCAAAGAAACCCGUGAGACAAAAGUCUUCCACAGAAACCUGCUCAUGUCAGUUUCUGGCUUCUUCGCCACAGGCCUGACUUUCUCCUUCAAAGAAGCCGAGACCGGAGUCUUCGAACUAGAAGAGGAAGAUGCUUCUACUUUUUCUGUCUUUGAGCAGUGGGUGUACAGAAACCGUCUGUUUAUUAAAAGNACAACUUCCUCCUCUCCUUCUUCUUCUUCUUCAGAUAAUGAAGACGACGAUCAAGAGUGGGAAUGUUUGCCUCGUCUCUUCACCCUCGGCGAACGCUUCGACGCACCAAGAUUCAAAGACGCCGUCAUCUCAGCCAUCAUCGAAAAGGUCAACGAGAGCAAAGUGAUGCCUGACACCUGGGCCUCUUACGUCUACCAGAACACUGUUUCGGCAUGUGCGUUGCGUUGUUUGAUUGUUGACUUUCAUGUGUUUGCGCACCAGGGCAAGUUGUUGAAGAAGGGAGCUUGUCCUGAUGCUGAAGAGCCCGAGUUUGAGUUCUUGCAGGAUGCUAUGGCCAGGAUGGCUGAUGCUGGACAGCAGGUGUUUGCUGCUGCUGCUGCUAGUGGUGGUGGACAAAUGCCUUGGGCUGAUGCUUGUGUUUAUCAUGAGCAUGGCGAGGGAGCCUGUCACCUGGCUGAAGGCGACGAUGCUACCUCUACGUCUGGUCUGCCCAGAACUCCCGAUACUCCUCUCAGACGUAGCGCUAGGUCAGUCAUCACUUCAGGCUCGCGAAAAACUGAAGAUCCUUUCAAUAAUGCCAAUCCCACAGACAAUCUCUCUCACGAGGAAAAGUCCAGGCUGAGAAUGCAACGUUUCGGCUUGUCCUAA